UUGGUUGGCCCAAAUGUUCCUCAAGCGGCUACGUGUGUCAAGGCUGUUUGACGUGCAACAGUGGACGUGCUGUCAGAAGUGAGAGCAGAGCAGCAGCUCAUCCAUCAGCGGUUAAUCUUGAGCGGAUGAGGCGGCCGGUUUAACUCCGAGGUCAAAAUGCAGUUCCUGGGUCGUAUCAUUGGGACGGUGAGCAAUGUGUUCGCCAACCCGUACCGGGUUCGGGAGGUCCAGCUGUCGGAGUACGGGAGUAAGGUGAAGAUGAAGCAGGAUGGGAGGAUGACGCUGUACAGGGACACUUCCUCCCAAGCCUGGGACUGUGUCCUCAUCAUGCCUGACAGCCCAGCACUGAGGUUGUUCCAGGUGUCUUCGGAGGAAGAUGCUGGGAACUGGUUCCCUCAGUACGCCCUCAAGCUCCGCCCCUUUUACGAAACUCUCCGUCCGCCUCUCAAACCCGAGACGCUCCAGCCGAUAAUCGAUUGUCUGCGGAACCACCCGGACUGGAGCUCCGCCCACAUCGCCGUGGACACCGGCCUGCGUGACUGCCUGAAGCACAACCAUGUUUUGAGUCAGAUAAACGUACGGGACGCUCAGGGCCAGACACCGCUGCACCUGGCGUGCGAGCGCGGCGAGGUGAGCUGCGUGCGAGAGCUGCUAGAGGAAUGCCAGGCUCGCACCAACAUCCGAGAUAAGAACGGUGACACGCCCAUGCACUGUGCUGCCAAGCAGGACUCGGCCGUCGUCGUGGAGGUGCUGUGCUCUCAGCUGUGUGCCGGGGUAAACGAGCUGAACCAGGCCGGAGAGACGCCGCUACACGUCGCGUGCCGUUUGGGAAAGGCCGAGACGGCCAGGGCGCUGAUGGGAGGCGGGGCUCGUAGCGACAUCAUCGGGGGUGCCGGCUACCCGAUCCACACAGCCAUGAAGUACAGCGCCAGGGGCUGUGCUGAGGCCAUUCUGGCUGCUGAUUUGAAUCAGCUGCAGGCCGAGGACCCGGUGUACGGCGGAACCCCUCUCCACUGGGCCAAGACUGCCGAAAUGAGUCGUCUGCUGCUGGAUCACGGCUGCAGCGUGAACUACCUCAGCAAAACCGGCGAGAGUCCAUUACACAUCCUGACCAAGAGGGGACGCUACGAGGCCGCCAUGACACUGCUCAUCCACGGAGCCAACCCCAACAUCAAGGGCGAGAACGGGAACACGGCUCUGCACCUCGCCAUGAAGCUGGACCACAUGGACCUGAUAAAAGCGCUCAUCGUGUUCGGAGCUGACGUGGAGAUCCACAACGACCUGGGCGAGACGCCGGGGCUGAUCGCAGCCCGCACCAGCAAGGGCCCCAACCGUAAGGUGUUGCUGAAGAUGCUGCAAUGCGUCGGGGUGGAGCGAUGUGGCCCGCCCUCCCCCGACUUCCCAACCCCCGUCACCAACAGAGCUCCGCCCCUGUCUAUAGGGUUUAAUGACCUCAUUCACGUGGCAGCCGCCAUCUCCGCCAUGAGCCAAGGGUACACCGAAGUGGACGGACCCAGGACAGGCAAAAAGAUGGACAGGUUGCUGUGUCUGGAUGGAGGAGGCAUCAAGGGCCUGGUUCUGAUCCAAAUGCUGAUCGCGUUGGAGAAGGAAGCGGGUCGGCCCAUUCGAGAGCUCUUUGACUGGGUGGCUGGAACCAGCACCGGUGGCAUCCUGGCUCUGGCUGUCACCCACGGUAAAUCGAUGGAGUAUCUGCGCUGUCUGUAUUUCCGGAUGAAGGAUCAGGUGUUUAAAGGCUCGCGGCCGUAUGAAUCAGCGCCGCUGGAGGAUUUCCUCAAGCAGGAGUUUGGAGAGAACACCAAGAUGACGGACGUCACACACCCCAAAGUGAUGGUCACCAGUGUUUUAGCAGACAGACACCCCGGGGAGUUGCACAUCUUCAGAAAUUACAACGCCCCGUCUAUACCCCGAGACCCUCCGUAUGCUUCCACAGCCACUUUCAGACCCCUCACCACCCCACAAGGCUGGGAGGAUGAGGAUGUGUUGAUAGUGGGAUGCACUCAGGAACCUGUCAGAAAGCGUAGGAAGGUGACGGAUGAAGAGCAGGUCGUGUGGCGUGCGGCUCGGUCCAGCGGCGCCGCCCCCACGUACUUUCGACCAAUGGGGCGCUUCCUGGACGGCGGCUUGCUGGCCAAUAACCCGACAUUAGACGCCAUGACUGAGAUCCACCAGUACAACAAAGCACUGAAGGCUCAGGGUCGGGGAGAUGAGGUGUGUUGUCUGGGUGUGGUGGUGUCUUUGGGUACGGGGAAACCUCCGCAGGUGCCGGUGAACUCGGUGGACGUGUUUAGACCCUCGAACCCUCUGGAGCUGGCUAAGAGCUUUGUAGGAGUCAAAGAGCUGGGCAAGAUGCUGGUGGAUUGUUGCACUGACUCAGAUGGGUGUGCAGUAGACCGAGCCAGAGCCUGGUGUGAGAUGACUGAUAUAAACUAUCACAGGCUAAGUCCUCAGCUCUCGACCGAGGUGCUUCUGGAUGAAGUGAGUGACGCCGUUUUGGUGAACAUGCUGUGGGAGACACAGAUGUACGUCUAUGAGAACCGGGAGCUCAUAAACACCCUUGCACAGCAGCUCCUGCAGCACUGACACACACACACACACACACACACACACACAUCAAGACACAGUGAGAAAAUGAGAGAGAGUAGAGGCAGUAAGAGGAAAAAACAAGAGAGAAGGGAAGAAUAGUGAAAGAUAGAAAAUGUGCAAAUGUGUGUAACAGAUCAGCCCAGUGUUACUCAGUUACAUUCUCAUAAAAAGAAGUCACAUGAUCACCUGUAAUCCAUCAGGGACUGUGAUUGGUCAAUGCAAUUUUUAUAGUUCACUCUCUGACACGAGCCCUCUCACGAUUAUUAAUGAUACCGAAUACUGACGGAUUUCUUGGACUGACCAAGUGUAAAUGUUUAUAUAUAAAAUCUAAAAAGAACAGGUAUUGGAAAUUAUGUUUGUGGCAAUUGUGGCAUUUUUACUGUGAAGUUUAUUCAUUCUGGUUCAUUUGAAUUUGCACUAUCCAGUGAUGAUUGUUAGUAAUUCAGGAAACGCCGCGUCUCCAAACCUGUAUCGGCCAGUUUUUCCGUUUGCUUGAAACGUCAAAAUUUAGUUUGAAGGAAUAGUUUCAGGAAAAAAAUCUAAUUCACGCAAUGCUCCUCAUCACCUCAAAUGUAGCCAGUCAUCCAAGACAUGGAUUUCCAAACGUUUCGAUUCUUUAGUUUUGUUCAGUGAUGCGGUUUAGGACACAACGCUGCCAUAUUCUCGAAUCUGAUUGGCCAGACGGUGUCUGUUUUAGUUUUUCGACGUUAGUUCAGCAGCAAAUCACUCGUUCUAAUACGUUACCGUUUCUAUAGUAACAGCUCAUUCACGGCGACUUGUACGGCGGACGCUCUGUAUUGAAAAUCCAAGUAUAAUGAUAACAGAAAAGUGUAGAAUGUUUGAUAUGAGAAAGUAAGGAGAAAAUUAUGUAACACUUUUUAGAAGGAGUCUCCAGUUUCAGUGCUGGGGGUAGAGCCGUAACUUUAAUUCUUCCGACUUUACGGUUAUUCAGUAACGUGACAAUCUGCGGAUUUUUGUCUCAUUCAAGAAGAAGUGAGUGGACGAAUGUUUAUAGCUGCUAUAACAGAAGUGAUAACAGGAAAUAACAUGUUUGAAAGCUUCGCUAUGUUGCUUGAACUACUGUAAGUACUGUAUAUAAAUAUUUGGGCAUGCAUUUACAGACAUCAGGUUACUUUUAAACUACGUUAACCUUGUAGCUAACGCAAGCAUGUCUCGGCUAAGCAACUACAGUUGUGACAAUGGAAAAGAAAUUCCUUUAAGCCAGUAGAUAUCCAGUGAUCUUGCUCUCUGAUUAUGAAGCUCAUCCACGUUUUGGAAUCUGAUUUAUUUAUGUAUCACAUUUAAUCAGAUACGCGGAAGGAUUUUAUAUAAGCUAUAAAUAUCCAGUUUCUGUAUCCAGUUUGCGAGCUUGACUUUCAUUUUAUGGCUAUUUCUUCGUUUUUGCCUUAAACCAAAAGCCUUGUGUUUUCUCAUACCGCUUUUGUUUGACAUUAUUAUCCAGUAGUGCGAAGUUGAACCUUUAACGCAAACUUGAACGGUCAAUUUACGAAUAUUUACCUGGAUAGAUGGGUCCAUUAAUCUUAAUUUGUUUAUUUGUUUGUUUGUGUGUGUUUUUUUUUUUUUUUUAAAACCUACUUUGUGUAUUGCCAGUAUUCUAGUAGAGGUAAUGUUGUGAGUCAGUGUGCUAAUUUUGGGAUUUGGGAUGAGAUUAACUCAAGUAGUUUUAAAAAAAAAAAAAAAAAAACCAUCCAGGAUUGAUCUCAAACUUUACAUUUAUGUACUGACGUUUCAGACGCUGUCAAGGAAAGACAAAAACUAUUCGAGCGGAAUUUAUCUGGUCUCUACAGAAGGUUGUGGUUUCUGACAAAACCUCAGUAUUUACCUGUUUUUAAACAUUUCUUUUCUCAUCACUGAUGUUUAUGGUAACAGAUUUUAUAUUCUUUUAUUCUGCUUUGAACAUAAACUCUAAUUUAUAUGAACUAUUAAUUCAUUAAAGUGUUAAUACCUAAAA